UAGGGGCAUGAUGUUUGGAGAGAACAAGGUAGGAAAGGCGGAGAUUCUUGUACCACAUCAUGCAAUAUAGACCGUCAGAUUUAGAGCGCAGAAGCAUGCAAAGUGAUUAAAACUCCACUCCCAACGCCCUUUAUGGUUUGCAGAAGAGAAGAGAGGCGUGAUCCAUGGCUGCUGCUGCUUCUUCUCUAUUAAUUAGGGUUUUUGGAGCUGCUCUCCGCAAAAUCUCAACUGGGCUUCUCUCUAUUCACCCCAAUUCCAUGCCUUUGAAAUACAUUGGGUCACUCGAUAGGAAUUUAUAUUCAACAAAUGCAUUUCAGAUUCAAAUGACUCAUCAAAUUAGAGGGGAAUCCUUGAUAAGGGCUCGGAAGAUUUGGGUCUCCUCUCCAUUAUGCAUGGGAAGGCGCUCUUGCAAAAUUGCAACAAGAAAGGGGGCUCAAGAUGCAAAGAAGUCAAAACGAAAUGGGAAAAUUGGGAAGGAAAUCGUAUCUGCUGUCAAGAGAGGCGGUCCAAACCGAAUAUCGAAUGCAGUCUUGGCUGCUGUGCUAGAAAAGGCAAAGGAGCUUGAUGUGCCGAAGGAAAUAAUGGAGCGGAAUAUUAAAAGAGCUUCUGAAAAGGGACAAGAAGCUUACAUUGAGAAGUUUUACGAGGUAUAUGGCUUUGGUGGCGUCUGUAUGGUAGUUGAGGUUUUAACGGACAAAGUAACUCGAUCGGUUGCAGUUGUCAGAACAGUAGUGAAGGAUUGUGGUGGGAAAAUGGCAGAUCCUGGAUCAGUUAUGUUCAAGUUUAGGCGAGCAAGAGUCGUAAAUAUUAAGGUUACCGAUGUUGACAAAGACUGGCUUCUAACUGUUGCACUAGAUGCUGGUGUUGAGGAUGUUAUAGAACCUCCAGCAUAUGAAGAUGAUGAUCCAGAAGAUCAAUCAGAGAGAUAUUACAAGAUUGUAAGCCCGGGUGAAAAUUACUCAGAUUUACUGUCUAAACUACGAGAGGAGGGGAUUGCUUUUGAACCAGACAAUGGUUUUGAGCUUCUGCCAUUAACAACUAUUGAGGUGGAUGAUGAAGCCAUCGACUUAAACAAGGAGCUUAUGUACAAGUUACUUGAGCUGGAUGAUGUUGAUGCUGUUUAUUCAGACCAGAAAUGACCGACAUUUUUUAUAUUUCAAUGCGUGAGUCAUUGGUCUCAUUUCGGUUUGAUAUUUUACCCCACAAUAAAAGUAUACAUGCCAAAAAUCACAAUUAAUGUAUGUUAUGUCAAAGGAAGGCUUUAUCUAUAUGGGCUGAACCAUUCUGGUUCUGAAAUUAGAUAGGAAAAUUGGGUAUUUUUCCCUGAUGGAGAAGAAAGACAAGCUUGAGGAGGAUACAAAGGGGGCAUGGUGGUUCUCUUAUUGUUUUAUCUAAUAUAAUUGCCGAAAUUUUUUCCUUUGUUUGAUUAUUCAAGUUGGGAUUUUUAAUAGGAAUUAUUAUUGAAGUAGGAAAUGAGAAAGGCAUGCAAUUUUAUGCAUAAAUAUCAUUGAUUGUCAGUUUAUUGAUGAGUUAACAGCUUGUGUAAUAGACAAUGAUGAUCUCUUUUGGAGAGAAAUUUGGUGAA